AACAUGUAAGUGCCCCCUUUGUUAUCCUAAACUUAAUUCAAAAUUCUAGUGAAAUAUGUGCUUGUGAUUUGUAGUCAAAAUCGGGGGAAAUCGAAAUGUGUCUGCGAGUGUUCUGCGGCUAUUUGUCGCUCUACAUCGGCUGCAUCUUCAUCGGCUUCACUGGGAUGAUCCUGGCCGUGGUAAUCUUUUCUGUGGGUCUGUUUGAGCUGAUCACGGGGAACUCCAAUGUACUGCUCAUGGUUCUGGCAAUGGUCUUUGCCCUCAUCUACGCGCUGGCCAAAGUAUUUCUGCUCUUUGGCACCAUGUGGCAGGAUAUGUGCUGGGCCAUCCUCUUGUCCUUCGUCAUCGGUCUGGUGGGCGUGGCGUUGCUCGCGGCAUUGGUUGUGUUAUUUUACUUCCACUUACCGGCUCCUCUGCACCUCCUGUUAGGCGUUGUCCUGUGCAUAAUCGAGCUGUACUACGAGUGGAUCAUCAUUUCCACUUGGUGGUGCUGUCGAUCAUGCACCCACGACUGCUAGGAGUUGCAGCAGAUUACCUGUGGAUCUUGGCUCGCAACUCGAACUUGUUGCGCUCUCCGAAGAUACAAAGAUACAAUGUUGGGUCUCUUCGUCUCGCUUGCAAGUAAUACCGCCGGUUCUCUCUUAAGAGAACUUGUUGGGGUCUUCCGACUCGGAGGGUCUUGCACAAAGUCAGUUCGAUUUGAGACGCGCGCUGGAAAUGUCGUUCCUGGAGCGAUCGAGCUGAUCCGGCGAGUGAGCGUGUGUGUGCCUGUGUACCGCCCCCUGCCCGACCAAAAAAAAUAUAUAGAUAGAAGGAAAAUCAAAAAUUAUAUCUGAAAAUACACAUGUGUUUCUGCAUGUGCAGUAUCCGUGA